AGUCUUUUGAGAGAGAAUCGUGUGCGAUGCACUGAGGGAUCUACCUCCACAAGUUUCGAAAUUCCUUUUUUUAACACUCUGCAACACAUCCAACGAUAAGAGACAAGAUCUAUUACGAAUAGUUUCCGAAAAUAAACAAACUGCCGAGUUCAUCCACAGUCAAGAUUCGAAUUCGAUCCGAUUUACUUCCGAAUCGUAAUGGGUCGUGGGAAAUCGAAAGCUUCCAAGAAGCAAAAGGUCAGUGAGUGUAAUAAUAUGAAGGACGAUCAGAACGCAUCGGUUCUCAACAAUGAAGAAGAAGAAAGAAAGAAGAAUCAAGAACAAGAUCGAGAAGAAAGCGAACCGAUUAUAGCGCUCAAAGCGAUCAACACAGGCAAAUCGGAGAAUCAAGGACAUGGCGAAGAGGUAAAUACAGCUACUGCAGAUUCAGAUUCAGGGACACCGCCUUCGAACGACUAUGGAAGAAGCAAUAACGACGAGGACCAAGACGAAGAAACAUCUGAAGUCUGGGAUAUCAUUCGUGUGAUUCCUACAGCCGAAGAGAAGAUCGUUUGCCGCUACGAAAAUUGCACGAAUCAAGCAGUUGCCACUUGGGCAUCAAAUCUAGCCCCUGACGACAAAUGGUCUCUCUGCGAAAAGUGUCAACUCGAAGAUUUUGGAGGAUGGCCCGAAGGUGUCGACCCAAUCGAACGGAAGAGCGACCUCUCGAACUUCGAAAUGGAGGACACCACGAAGAACGGCAAGUCCAUUGUGGCCACAAUCGACGGCAAUUUUUAUUCCGAGGACCACAAAGAAUCUCCUUCUCAAGGAGAAAGCAUCGACGACACUUCUAUUCCAAUUAUUUCUACUCCAUCAGCAGCUGUUUGCAUGUCAACCCAAGACGAACCAGAGGAGAUGAAUUCCGGAGAAGAGGCCUUCGAACUUUCUAGAAUCGUAUCUCUCCAGAAGCUUCUCGGAAAUCCGAUCAAGUGCCACGAUCAAGAUUGUAAUCUUCCAGCUUGUUCAGUCUACACGUCCAAAGCUGACCCAAAGAAAUGGUAUUAUUGCGUUGACUGCCAAGAAAGGGACUUCGGUGGAUGGCCACCACCAAAGGAACUCCCAGUCGAUUAUCUCGAGCCAAAGUAUUUGCAAAUAAUUGCAACCAAGUGUUCCAAAAAGCGGAAUCCCGCAAUGCCCAGCUUCAACUCACACUGUGUCACCCCUCUUCCGAUAUCCCCGCACCCUCCCAAGGGAAUUGCUUCUGCUUCGGAGAAAGUCAAUGGGAAAGAAAAGCCGACGAAAUUCUCGGCGGCGGCUUUAGCCCGCCACGCGAAAUGGCAGGCCGAUGCAAAGAAAUUAGGCGUCAAUCGUAUCGUCGUCAAGAAGGAGGAGGCUAAAAAGGUUGUCUUCGAUGCUCUUUACGACGCUUUUCGCCCCAUGAACAUUAACGGCAUUUACAUGGUGAGCACAGUACAAUUCAACGGAUCACUUCCGAAAGCCAAACAAGCGGUGUUCCUAUCUUUUCUCAUACUCGCCUGUCUGAUUCUCCCGGUUGCUUCUUUUCCCAUAUGUGCUUCGUUAUUACAGACAUUGAAAAAAAUGGUUCCUUCUCCUGUUCUGAACGCUGCACUCGAGGACAUGUCGAUGACUUUCGAUGGAGGCAAUGUGUUCGAUGGAAGCGACGACGAAGACAAUGACAAGGAGAAGGAGGGAAAAGGAGCCCCGGAAAAGAAGCCCGAAUUGAAAGAGUCCUAUUCAGGCUCCCUCGUAUUCAAGGCAGGGCGGAAUGCAAAAUCAAAUCUCUACUAUGUGGACUACACCAAAAUGAAGGAGAUGGAUGGUGACGUACGACAGGAGCUUGCAAGCAAAACCGCGAUCGCUGAGGGAGAAUACAAGGACCUGACCUUUGCCUUCAAACAAGCAGCUACCAGGUCGAAACAAUUGCUGUCCGAACCAACAAACGAUGAGCUAGUUUGCCUCUUGAUUGAGGCAGAAAAAGCUGUAGUUGCCCUCACGGACAGUGUCAACGAUGCGAAGGCCCUGUUGGUCAAUGAAGGCCACAAAAACAAACUCAAGCGCCGGAUCCAAUCGAUGGCAGGGCACUAUCGCAAGAGAAAACAGCUUUGCUGUUCGUUCCUAUGCGCUCUCGAGGAAGUUUCUGACGGUGCCAUAAGCAAGAAGAAGUGUCUCAGUGGAGAUGGUCAGAUUCCGUUGGACUCGGAUGAAAGCAUCAUCAAGAGUGCGAUUGCGUACGCCAAAUCGAAGAAGCAUCAAAAGACCAGGAAGGCAACUCUAGCUGACGAUAAAUUCAUUGGUGUGAUUUUGGAUAGCCAAGGUAUGGUAAAGCGUUCUUAUGUAGAUGAAAAGUGAUUGAUUCAAAUGGAUUUGAAAUAGUGCCUACUUCGAAAUUGGAUAACAUUGGUUACUACUAUAAACCAGUGGCAUUGUA